AUGGCGCCGCUCGCCUGGCCGCUGCUGUGGCGCGGGCUGACGACCUGCGAGGCGCUGCAGGCCGAAAAGCAACUCCUCGACCUCGGCGUGGGCGAGGGCCGCUGGCAGCGGUCGGACUCGCGGGCCAUCGGCGCGGACGACGACCGCGUCCACUCCGUCAGCGUCCGCGGCGCCGGGACCGAGACGCUCGUCAUGGUGCACGGCCUCGGCACGGGGAGCGGCAUCUUCUUCCGGAACCUCGGCCCGCUCGCGAGCAGCGGCGCGUGGGGCGCCGUGCACGCCGUCGACUGGCGCGGCGCGGGCCUCUCGGGCCGCCCGGCCUACCCGGCGCGGACGCACGACGACGCCGUGGACUGGCUCGUGGAGGGCCUCGAGGCGUGGCGGCGCGAGCAGGGCGUCGAGACGAUGACGCUGCUCGGCCACUCCAUGGGCGGCAUCGCCGCCGCGCACUACGCGGCGCGCCACGGCGACCGCGUCGACCGCCUCGUCCUCGUGGGCCCGGCCGGCGUCGAGCGGCGGCGGCGCCUCUACGAGAAGGGCGACAGCGCGCUCUAUGACCUCGCGUCGCGGCUCUGGGAGGACGGCUACCACCCGGCGGCCGUCGUCCGCGCGCUCGGGCCCUGGGGGAAGCGGCUCGUGGAGACCUACGCCGCGCGGCGCUUCCGGUGCAAAGUGCCGCUGUCGGACGACGAGGCCGCGGCGCUCGGCGAGUACCUGCACGCGUGCAACUCGCUCCCUGGGUCCUCGGAGAAGUGCAUGAACCAGCUGCUCGGGCCCAUCGCGCAGCCGCGCCAGCCCAUCGCGCCGCUCGUCGAGGCCCUCGCGUGCCCCGUGUCCUUCAUCUACGGCGAGCACGACUGGAUGCAGCCGGCGUCGGGCGCGAACGUCGCGCGGCGGCGCCUCGCCGCGGGCAAGGGCGCGUCCUGCGUCGUCGUCCCGGGCAGCGCGGGCCACUACGUGUUCCUCGAGGACCCGGCGGCCUUUCUCGACGCGCUCCUCCGGCGCGUCGGGACGUAA